AUGGACCCAGGCGCUCGGGUAAACUGCAAGGAGGCGGAGCUCGUCGCUUUCCUCCGGGACGCGGCCUUCCGCGUGGCCGGUUCUCCCCGCCCCCACCUCUCCAUGCCCCGCCCCCGCCUCUCCCUUCCCGGCCGGAAGAGCAGUCCCCGGGCCUCCCCAGCUUGGCUGCCGGCAGCGCGAGGAUGGCAGCGGCGGCGACCGCGGCUCCGGGAGCCCCAGGCAUGGACACCCGGCUGGACCAGGAGACGGCGCGGUGGCUGCGAUGGGACGCAGUGGAAUCCUUUAACUUUGGAGUCAGCGAAACAACUAAUUGCGGAUGGUAAUAAAGAAGAACUACAGAAAUGUUUUGGGGCUCGAAUGGAGUUUGGGACAGCUGGCCUUCGAGCUGCUAUGGGAACGGGAAUUUCUUAUAUGAAUGACUUGACCAUCAUCCAGACCACACAGGGAUUUUGCAGAUACCUGGAAAAGCAAUUCAGUGACCUGAAGCAAAGAGGUGUUGUGAUUAGCUUUGAUGCUCGAGCUCAUCCACCAAGUGGAGGCAACAGCAAAAGAUUUGCCCGACUAGCUGCAACCACAUUUAUCACUCAAGGGAUUCCUGUGUACCUCUUUUCUGGUAUAACCCCAACCCCCUUUGUGCCCUACACGGUAUUGCAUUUGAAACUUUGUGCUGGAAUUAUGAUAACUGCCUCCCACAAUCCAAAGCAGGAUAAUGGGUACAAGGUCUACUGGGACAACGGAGCUCAGAUCACUUCUCCUCAUGAUAAAGGGAUUUCUCAAGCUAUUGAAGAAAAUCUGGAGCCAUGGCCUCAAGCUUGGGAUGAUUCUUUAAUUAAUGGCAGUCCACUGCUUCAUGACCCGAGUGCUUCCAUUAACAAGAGCUACUUCGAAGACCUUAAAAAAUACUGUUUUCACAGGAGUGUGAACAGGGAGACGAAGUUGAAAUUUGUGCACACCUCUGUCCAUGGCGUGGGUCAUGAGUUUGUGCAGUCGGCUUUCAAGGCUUUUGGCUUUGCUCCUCCUGAGGCAGUUCCCGAACAGAAAGAUCCUGAUCCUGAGUUCCCAACAGUGAAAUACCCGAAUCCUGAGGAGGGUAAAGGUGUCUUGACUUUGUCUUUUGCCUUGGCUGACAAAACCAAGGCCAAAAUCGUUUUAGCAAAUGAUCCAGAUGCUGAUAGACUUGCUGUGGCAGAAAAGCAAGACAGUGGUGAAUGGAGAGUGUUUUCAGGCAACGAGUUGGGGGCCCUCUUGGGCUGGUGGCUUUUUACUUCUUGGAAAGAAAAGAACCAAGAUCACAGUGCCCUCAAAGACUUAUACAUGUUGUCGAGCACCGUCUCCUCCAAAAUCUUGCGAGCCAUUGCCUUAAAGGAGGGCUUUCACUUUGAGGAAACACUUACUGGCUUUAAGUGGAUGGGAAACCGAGCCAAACAGCUAAUAGACCAGGGGAAGAAUGUCUUAUUUGCAUUCGAAGAAGCUAUUGGAUACAUGUGCUGCCCUUUUGUCCUGGACAAGGACGGAGUCAGCGCCGCGGUCAUCAGCGCAGAGUUGGCUAGCUUUCUAGCAACCAAGAAUCUGUCUUUGUCUCAGCAGCUAAAGGCCAUCUAUGUUGAAUAUGGUUACCAUAUUACCAAAGCUUCAUAUUUUAUCUGCCAUGAUCAAGGCACCAUUAAGAAAUUAUUUGAAAACCUUAGAAACUUCGAUGGGAAGAAUAAUUAUCCAAAAACUUGUGGCAGAUUUGAAAUUUCUGGCAUUAGGGAUCUUACAACUGGCUAUGACGAUAGCCAACCUGAUAAAAAAGCUGUUCUCCCAACUAGCAAAAGCAGCCAAAUGAUCACCUUUACCUUUGCUAACGGGGGCGUGGCCACCAUGCGGACCAGUGGGACCGAGCCCAAAAUCAAGUACUAUUCAGAACUGUGUGCCCCCCCUGGAAAUAGUGAUCCCGAGCAGCUGAAGAAGGAACUAAAUGAACUAGUCAGUGCUAUUGAAGAACAUUUUUUCCAGCCACAAAAGUACAACCUGCAACCAAAGGCAGAGUAAAAUAUUCCAGCCUUGGGCAUAAUUACAAUUGAGCAGUGUUUUUGAGGACCAAAUGACUUAAACAAUCACUACAAGUAUUUAUAUAUUUUUAAUAGGCCUACAUUUCUUAUUCUAUUUUUGACCUUUAAGAUGAAUAAAGAAAAGAUGGCCAAACCAAACAA